AUGCCAAAAUUAUUUCGGAAUAAAGGUCAGUAUUCCUUUACAACAAAGACAAAGCAGAAUGGAAGCACAGAAUAUGAAGUUCUCAGUACAGAAAAAUACAAUUUAUCAAGUCCUUCUCCAGGAGAUAUUGAUGAGGAUGAAAAUGAUAACACAAUACCUGCUAGUGACAAUCUCAGCCCAACCAGAUGGCUAUCUAAAAAUAUUUUUGAAACUAGCAUGAAUGAAGAUAACUGCACUUAUAAAUCAAGCAAAACCAAAAUAGGAAAUCAAGCCUCUCGAUAUAACAAAGACACUUCAGAGUUAAAUCCAUAUAAUGGCCAGAAACAUCACUGAAGAGCCAAAACAAGGGAUAAAAGUUUGAUAGAUGAAAAUUCAACGGACCAAAAACUGACAAAUAGUUGCAUAAAGAGACAAAUGGCUAACUCCUUCGUCUCUUCCAGCUCCAAGUCAAAACAAUCUCGGAUUAAAUAGAAGAAACCCUACUUCAAAAUACCGUAAGAACAAGCAAUUAUGCAACAGUCACAUUCAGAAUCCCCACUCAUACCUAAGUUCUAAACGUACAGACUUUCCCCCUCACUUAGAUUUGCCUUCAAACCUAUCUCCAUCCAAAUCCUCCAAAGUUCUACACAAGGAUUGCACUAAACCGACCAGAGACGGGACUCCGAACACCACCAAUAUGAAUCAGCUCAAGUUGAAGGCCAGAAAAACCAUUAAUCGCCUGACUAGCUCAGAACGAUCUGAGCCUUCCAUGCUUCACACAAGAAUAGGUCAUGAGAGUUUAAAGGACGAUGCUGAGAUAGCUGAUGAAACAGGCAUUAAUUUUAGCAAGAACUUCAUGGAUGACUACUAUGCUUCAAACGGAUAUUUUACUUACUCAAAUAAUAGGAAGGAAGUCAGGGAAAAGGAUCAUUACCAAGACAGGCUUCAGACUUUUGUUGAUGAGAAAUUACUAGAGGUCGCAAGUCAGAUAUCGGUUAAAAAGAAACAAGAGCAGCUCAAGAAGGAUAAUUUGAGUACCCUUGAGGAUCUUAGAUGUAACAUCGAAUACCUUCAUGUUGAAAGAGAAAACAUGCUUAAUGCUCAUAAGCAGCAAGACAAGAACCUUGCUAUCCAAACUCACCAAGUUGAGGACCUAAUGAAGAAGGUAAAUGAGAUUAAGAAAGCUCAUGCACGGAUUGAGAAUACUUGGAAACUAGAGGCUAAAUCUCUCUACAAAAAUCUUCAGGAUUCAACAGAUUCUUAUAAUAAAGCAGAGGAAGAAUACCAACAGAACAGGCAGAAUAUCAGGAUGGAAAUGCAUGAUGACAAUAACUUAAUACACGAGCUUAAAACAAGUCUCGAAGAAGGAGAUACUAUCUUAGCCUCACUUAAGGAUAAGGCUAAAUAUAGUAAUAUAAUGGAGCAGGAAAGAAGUAGAAUGAUUAAUGACAGAGCCUUGCUCUUAAAAGAUCUCUGCACUCAUGAAAAAUUGAAGUAUAAGAAGAAAUUAAACACUCUUCCUGCUUUCAUAGAAAUCCCUGCUGAUAAGGGAAAACCUAUGGAAUCUGUGACCAGUAAAAUUAGACAUAAGUUGUUUACAAGCAAUGGGAAAAUGCGUAAGAAGAGUACGGAUCAUUACACAAAAAGACAUCACCAUGUAAAACAACAAAUGAGGCUCUCUGUAGAGAAGAAGAAACGGAUGCACUCAUUGAGAAGGCCAAGCAUGAGUAAAGUCAAUGCAAGACUGCACAGUUCAUUCAUAGGCAAAGAUGAGAAAAUUUUAGAAUAACUUUCAGUA